AAAAAUUCUCCUUUUGCAUCCAGCUCAUCUGCUAAUAUACCCUCUCUUUGUGGCUGCCUGCGCCGGCUGUCAGCAAGCGCAUUACGGCCUUGUGGCGGUGCUGCAGACUUACAGCCGCAUCAGAAGGCUCGGUAACGCUAUUCCUUCUUUGCCUGCCAACACUACAUUCCUAAGGCUCCAACCUCUACUUAACAGUAACAUCAUCGCCGUCUCAGCCUCGCCACUACUGGCCUGGCCGUGUACGACCGAUAUCUCAAUAGGACCACUGCAACCGCCAUCAUGGACCACGACAUGUCUCCGCCCCCAUCCUACGCCGCCAUGUCGCUCUUGAGCUACAUGAACGCUCCCAUGGUGGGCUUCUACUACUUAGGAGCAUGCUUCUUCAGCAUUUGCGUUCUACACAAACCGCGAGUAGUACCACAGAAGAGGCGGAGAAGCAUCAUGGCCUUUAUGGUUACAAUACUCAUGACAUUCAUCACAGAGGUCCUCUACUACAUCGGUCGGGCGAUACGCGAGAGAAAUUACACAGCGCCGCAAUUCUUGGUGAUACGGGGCCUGGGCUCGAUACUCGUCUGGGGCCCGCUGUCAUGCAUCUUGUGGUCAAGCAAGUCGCUGCGUUGGCAUGCAUACUUUGGCGCAUUCGUUCUGCAGUUUGCCUUUGAGACGACAAUUUGUUUGAUCAUGGCUUCUGUUGCGUCGGAAGAUGGACAUGUCCAUCUGCCCAUGGUUGUUGGCUACAUCAGAGCACUUGCUUCGCUGCUCUUGGUGGUGGAUGCAUUUGUUGUCCUUGUCACCAAACAGACUGAAGUGAGCAUCGACGAAGAGUGCCAAUCGCUGCUGGGAAAGAAAAAAAGUGGAGGUGGAGGUGGAGGUGGAGGCGGAUCGGCUGCUUCAUUCAGCCCCAUGGGAUAUGGCGCCAUCCCCCCAGGUGAUUUCAGCGAUUUUGAGGACUUCGACAGCGACUUCGGCGACGACGACGAUAACGACGAACUGAAGGCACAACAAGCGAAGCGCCUCGAAGAGCACGGUGGCUGGUUCGGCUAUCUGAAAGGCUUCGCCGUCUUCCUGCCGUAUCUAUUUCCAAAGGACGACUGGAAAGUCAUGGCCGUUCUCGGCGUGCGGCUCAUUCAUAUGCUGCAAGAGCGGGCUCUCAACCUACUUACGCCUCGACAACUCGGUAUCAUCACGACCAAACUACAGCAUGCCUAUGACACACAGAGUGGUGAGAUGCCGUGGAAAGACAUCGGGCUAUGGGUGUUGUUUUCAUGGAUCAACAGUUAUGGCGGAGUUGGCAUCUUAGAUGGCAUCGCAAAUCUCGUCAUCUCCAACUCUGCGUAUCAACGCAUUACGCUGCUGGCCUACAAGCACGUCAUGGGUCUUUCCAUGGAUUUCCACACUUCGAAGGACUCGGGCGAGGUACUGAAGGCCGUUGAGCAGGCGUCCUCGUUGAACAUGUUGAUCGAAAUGGUGCUCUUCGAUGUUGCGCCCAUCUUCCUGGAUCUCUUUGUUGCCAUGUACUAUGUCACGCACCUGUUCGAUGCGUACAUGGCCUUCAUCAUUCUCUUCAUGGGCGCCACAUACAUGGCUAUUGGAUUUUACUUUACGUCACUCUCGCAGCCCAAGCGAAGAGACUAUGUGGAGAAACAACGAAGCGAACACUCGACAGUCAACGAGACGGUACACAACUGGCAGACGGUCGCUUACUUCAACCGCAUGUCGUAUGAGUACAAGCGCUAUGCGGAGAACAUUAUGAACACCAUCUCGUCGCAAUACCAGUACUACUUUAGAUCCUAUGGCGGGCAUGCUGCACAGGAUAUUGUGACAACCUUUGGAUUCGCCGGCGCUUGUGUCUUCGGCAUGGCACAGAUUGUUACAGGGCAAAAGCCAGUUGGCAACCUGGUGACUCUGGUCAUGUACUGGAGUACGAUGACUGCGCCACUUUACGUUCUCUCGUACAGCUACCGACAAAUCAUGGCCUCUCUGAUUGACGCGGAGCGCCUGCUCCAGCUGCUGAACACCUCGCCCUCUGUCCCCGACCGGGAGGACGCCGAGGACCUCGUUGUUCACACUGGGGAGGUGGAGUUCAAGGACGUUGAAUUCCACUAUGAUCCGCGCAAGCCCAUCAUCAAGAAGGUCAAUCUCAAAGCUUCGGGCGGUCAGACCAUUGCCUUUGUGGGUGAAACGGGCGGCGGAAAAUCCACCAUGCUCAAACUUCUUUUCCGCUUCUACGAUGUAACCAGCGGCUCCAUCGUGAUUGACGGACAAGACCUGCGCUCCGUGACGCUAGCCAGUCUGCGCGAGGCCCUCGGCGUCGUUCCUCAAGACCCUGUCCUCUUCAACCAAAGCAUACGGCAGAACCUCCGCUAUGCCAAACUCCACGCCACUGACGCCGAAAUCGAAGAUGCCUGCCGCGCCGCCGCGAUCCACGACGACAUUGUCAGCUUUCCAGAUGGCUACGACUCCAAGGUGGGCGAACGCGGGGUACGGCUGUCGGGUGGACAACUACAACGCAUAGCCAUUGCCCGCGUGCUCCUCAAGAACCCCAAGAUUGUUCUGCUGGAUGAAGCAACGUCGGCGAUUGACUCUUCCAUCGAGGCACUCAUCCAGCAAGCCUUCAGCAAACUAAGCCAGGGCCGCACAACGUUUGUGAUUGCGCAUAGACUGAGCACGAUUGCAGAUGCAGACCAGAUCUUGGUUGUGGAAAAGGGCGAGAUCAUCGAGAGAGGUAGACACCAGGAGCUACUGAGGAAUGAAGGGGGAAAGUAUGCGGAGCUGUGGAACAAGCAGACGGCGGGGCAUUUGGCAAAGAUGCCAGCGGUGGAGGAUUCGGAAGACGAUUCUGGGGAUGAGUCGGGCGAUGAGCAUGAGGAGGAAUCUGGGGAUGAGUAUGGCGAAGAGGAUUUGUUGAUCAGAGACGAGGAAGCCCAGGGGCGAGAUCAAGGGACAAGUUCUGGCAGAAAGCCUGGCAACGCGGGAGGUGGCAAGGGUGUACGGCGUAAACGAUGAGGGGGGAGAGAGGGGUGUAUAGGGGCGGAGGGCCUAAUUCCUAGGAGCCCGUUUCGUCGUCUGGGCUUGUAACAACAUAAUAUCACGAACACAAUCAACACAGU